GCUAAGAGAAAUUCCAUGUUGGUGUCGGAACCCGGAGUAAUGAUUCCGUGGAGUACCAUCAAUCACGCCUCCGCUUGCCUUCCCAUGUAUUAACUCGUUACUACAUCGUGCCCGAUCACUCCUUAAAGUUAAUGGUCUUGUGAUUUAUCCUCCCUGUCACAUCGGUAAUCCCUUCCAGCUAUUCAAACUCGUAUAAAGUUCCCCAUUCAUAUCCUUUGAUCCCCCAUUCUUCUGCUCCACUGGUCUCCCCAAGCACCCCACUUCGUAACGCAUUUCGCCGGUGUCCCUUCACUAUCUCGUCAUUCAAAAUGUGCAAUCUGGAAACCGAAGGAACAAAAUUUGGAUGCGGGCAUUACAAGGUGACGCGCAAACUGAGGAAGAUCGAUUGCUUCAACCAGUAUUGCAUCCACUCCGCAUGUCAUCCAAGGAAUUGUCCUGAUUGCCAUUGCGAACGUUAUUUCGGCCCCGAUGCAAGAGAAACAAUCACCCACCGCACAGCCGAUUACUGUGUUUCAUGUCAGUACUGGUUCAAGGACGGAGCCUCCCAGCGUCGUUAACCUUGAUGGUUUCCACGGCCCCGGCAGCUUCUUUGCUAAUUCUAUCGAGAAAGCAUAUAUAAUGCCGUUUUAUUCUAAUAAUUAUCACUCUAGUCACACCUUGCUUUGUACACCACUUUGUCGUGUCAUUUUGUAGUUCUAGGUUUUGUCGCAUAUUUUACUUACGCAUUAUUUAUCUAGCCACUGUCUUGUAACACCAUUCAGAGUGAAACGACAUACAACUUUAUUACCAUUUCA